AAAGAAAUUAAAAACAAAUAAAUAAAUCCUUGGACCAAAAUGUCCUCAUGUUGCUUUGGGUAAGAGUGUAGAACCCAAAACCAUAACCAGUUUGUGAGUGCGUUUGAAAUUGAUGAAGAAGUGGCCUUUGAACGAAAAUCUCCUUUUUGCCCUCACCUCCUCACCUCUUUCCCGCCAAACAAAACUGUCAAAUUUUCAUACAAAAGCUUAUCAUUGCAUUCAACAGCUUCGAAAUUGUAAAGAUUUCAUUUCUGCAACCUUAGCACACUCCAACGUUUUAAAGUGUGGUUUCUUAAACGACACCUUCGCCACCAACCAUCUUAUAAACUGCUAUGUUAGACUCCAAGAAAUACAGGAUGCACACCAAGUGUUUGAUGAAAUGCCGGAACCAAAUGUCGUGUCGUGGACUUCGCUUAUGGCGGGUUAUGUUGAUGUGGGUCAACCCAAAAUGGCUCUUUGGCUCUUUUGGAAAAUGCCCGGAAGUUCGGUCAUGCCCAAUGAAUUUACUUUGGCGACUGUGAUUAAUGCUUGUUCUACCCUUGCUGAUGUCAAAGUAGGGAGAAGAAUUCAUGCGCAAGUUGAAAUAUUGGGUUUUCGAUCUAAUCUUGUUGUUUGUUCUUCACUUGUUGAUAUGUAUGGAAAAUGUAAUGAGGUUGAUGAAGCUCGACGGGUUUUUGACAUAAUGGAUUCUAGGAAUGUUGUUUCUUGGACUUCAAUGAUCACAGCAUACGCCCAAAAUGCACAAGGCCACAAUGCACUCCAAAUUUUUAGAGAAUUCAGUAGCUUAACGUUGGACCAUCCAAAUCAUUUCAUGUUGGCUAGCAUAAUAAAUGCUUGUGCGAGCUUGGGUAGACUGGUUUCCGGGAAAGUCACACAUGGAGCAGUGAUUCGUCGUGGCCAUGAUUCAAAUGAUGUGGUUGCAAGUGCACUUGUGGACAUGUAUGCCAAAUGUGGGUCUGUUAGUUAUUCAGAAAAUGUCUUCAUGAGGAUUCCAAAUCCUUCUGUGAUUUCAUAUACUUCAAUGAUUGUAGGUGCUGCAAAAUAUGGGCUUGGGAAGCUAUCUCUCAAUCUCUUCAAAGAAAUGAUUGAUAGAAGAAUAAAACCCAAUGAUGUCACCUUUGUUGGAGUUUUACAUGCUUGUAGUCACUCAGGGCUAAUUGAUGAAGGCCUUGAACACUUGAAGUCCAUGUAUAUGAAACAUGGGGUAUUGCCAGAUGCCAAGCAUUAUACUUGCGUUGUUGAUAUGCUUGGUCGAACUGGUCGUCUUGAUGAGGCCUACCAAUUAGCAAAAUCUAUCCAAGUAGAGUCUGAUGAAGGGGCUUUGCUGUGGGGUACACUUCUUUCGGCUAGUAGGCUUCAUGGAAGGGUAGAUAUUGCAGUUGAAGCCAGUAAACUGCUAAUAGAAUCCAAUCAACAAGUAGCAGGUGCAUAUGUAACAUUAUCAAAUGCUUAUGCAUUGGCUGGGGAGUGGGAGAAUGUUCAUAGUCUACGGUCUCAAAUGAAGCGUACCGGAAUUUACAAGGAACCUGGUUGUAGUUGGGUUGAGAUUAAGGAUUCAACUUAUGUGUUCUAUGCUGGAGAUGUAGCUUCAUGUCCACGGGAGAGAGAAGUGAUGAGUUUGUUGAGGGAGUUGGAGGAGAGAAUGAAGGAAAGAGGGUAUGUUGGAGGAAGUAUGGGUUUGGUGUUUGUUGAUGUGGAACAGGAGGCUAAAGAAGAAAUUGUGGGACUGCACAGUGAGAGAUUGGCAUUAGCUUUUGGACUAAUAAACAUACCUAAAGGAGUGACAAUCAGAGUGAUGAAGAACUUGAGAAUGUGUAGGGACUGUCAUGAGGCUUUCAAGCUUAUUAGUGAUAUUGUUGAAAGGGAUUUUGUUGUAAGAGAUGUGAACAGAUUUCAUCAUUUUAGAAAUGGAUCUUGCACAUGCAGAGAUUUCUGGUAAUGAUCAGCCGAUCAUAAAAUUUAAAAUGUUAUGAUUAUGACUAUAUA